UGGGCGUGUCCUGGCAGCAGAGGCGGAAGCCCAUAUGCCUCUAGUAACAUGGCGAUCAUUUGCAGAUGACGAUUGGAUGGAGCGACCUUAGAUGUGUAAUAAAUAAAUAACUUCGCACUAAAAACGCUAAAGCCUGAUCAGAUUUGCUCAGUACCUCGUCACUUCUUGCGGUGCAAAGGUUUUUGCAGCUUGGAAAGUCGACGUGGAGACAAACAAGCAAAUUUAUACCAGAAAUAUCAGAGAAGCUCCACUGGGGGGCUUACCUGGCUGGCAGAAUGGUGGAAAAGAAAAUUUCAGCUAGGUCCCAGGACCCCAGCCAAAGGCGUAUUUUAGAUCGGGCCACCCGCCUUCGCCGUCUCAACCGCCAGUUAGAAGCCCUGGAGAAUGACAAUUUUCAGGAUGACCCUCAUGCCAAUAUGCCACAGCUAGUGAAGCGCUUGCCUCAGUUUGACGACGAUGCCGAAACAGGGAAAAAGAAGAAAAAAACCCGCGGAGACCAUUUCAAGCUGCGGUUCCGUAAAAAUUUCCAGGCUUUGCUGGAAGAACAGCAGAACCUCAACUCAAGUGAAGGACCCAACUACCUGACAGCAUGUGCGCCCCCUUCCAAUUUGCCACAGCGUCAUUUCUGCACGGUGUGUGGCUUCCCGUCAAAUUACACAUGUGUUUCUUGUGGCGCCCGCUACUGCUGUGUCAAAUGUUUGGGAACACAUCACGAAACUCGGUGCUUGAAGUGGACAGUUUGAGUUACGCCAUGAAGAUUUAUAAGUAUUAUCUUAUAAAGAGGUCCUUUUAUACAAUCAUGUUGUCUUCCUCACAGACAAAUAGAUUAUCCCUGCCAUGAAGAGGUGUCAACUGGACUGUAAUUUGCGUUUGAAUAAUAAAAUGUUUUUGUGUUUUGUA